AAAGCGCAAAGGAGCAAAAGGAGCAAAGUAAGGCAGAGCUCAUUCAGUGGGAUUGUUGAGCACAGAGCUCCACGGAUUACUGUGAUAGAAAUCUGUCUGUUUGAUUUCUGGUGCUGCUCUCGCUCAUGCCCUGGACGCACUGAAGGCUUGCAUUUCAGCAGUCGAACAUCUCUGAAGCGGAUGCACAAGACUCGGAGAAGGGAGAAGAAGAGAGACUGAAACUUAUUUUCCAAUAACUCUAAGAUUGAAUACAAAGUGCCAGCAUCAUGCCUAAGCAAGUGGAGGUGAGGAUGCACGAAAGUCACCUGGAGCCCAUCGAGGCCAGGCCCAGGAACAAGUGUAUCAGCUGCUUCUCUUCUCUUUUCAAGAACCUACUGCUCACACUCACUGUACUCGGUGUGAUUCUGGGGGCUGUGUCUGGGAUGCUGCUUCGUUAUGCCUCUCCCAUCCACCCAGACAUCGUCAUGGUGAUUGCGUUCCCUGGAGACAUCCUGAUGAGGAUGCUGAAGAUGUUGAUCCUGCCUCUCAUCAUCUCCAGCUUAAUCACAGGUCUGGCUGGGCUAGAUGCCAAGUCUAGCGGUCGCCUGGGCACCAGGGCAAUGGUCUACUACAUGUCCACCACGGUGAUUGCUGCAGUGCUGGGAGUCAUCCUAGUGCUGGUCAUACACCCUGGAAACCCCAAGAUGAAGGAGCAGCUGGGAGAUGGCCAAAAGCACGAUGAUGUGUCCAGCCUGGAUGCCUUCUUUGACCUCAUCAGGAACCUGUUCCCUGAGAACCUGGUGCAGGCCUGCUUCCAGCAGAUCCAAACGGUAACUAAGAAGGUGGAGAAGGUGAUUGAGGAAGACAUCAAUGCCACCACCACCUUGGAGGGCCUCCUGUCCAACGCCACCAAGGAGCCUGAGUUCAUCAUCAAGAAGUCCCUCCAGUUCAAGAGUGGCAUGAACGUGUUAGGAGUGAUUGGCUUCUUCAUUGCCUUCGGCAUCUGCAUGGGGAAGAUGGGAGAGAGGGCCAAGCUCAUGCUGGAGUUCUUCAACAUCCUCAACGAGAUUGUUAUGAACCUGGUUAUCAUGAUCAUGUGGUACUCUCCCUUCGGUAUCUGCUGCCUGAUCUGUGGUAAGAUCAUCUCCAUUGAUGACCUGGAGGUGGUUGCUAGGCAGCUGGGGAUGUACAUGGUGACCGUGAUUGUGGGCUUGAUCAUCCACGGAGCCAUCUUCCUGCCUGCCAUCUACUUUGCCAUUGUCAGGAAAAACCCCUACACCUUCUUCAUGGGCAUCUUCCAGGCCUGGAUCACUGCCUUGGGGACAGCCUCCAGUGCUGGUACACUGCCUGUCACCUUCCGUUGCCUGGAGGAAAACUUGGGCAUCGAUAAGAGAGUCACCCGUUUCGUGCUCCCUGUCGGCGCUACCAUCAACAUGGACGGAACCGCCCUCUACGAGGCCGUGGCAGCCAUCUUUAUCGCCCAGAUGAACAACAUCUACCUGGAUGCUGGUCAGAUCGUCACUGUCAGUCUGACAGCUACCCUGGCCAGUGUUGGUGCGGCCAGUAUUCCCAGUGCUGGACUGGUGACUAUGCUUCUAAUCCUCACUGCAGUCGGCCUGCCAACUCAGGACAUCAGUCUGCUGGUUGCUGUUGACUGGCUCCUGGACCGGUUCCGUACCUCGGUGAAUGUGGUGGGAGACUCGUAUGGCGCGGGUAUCGUGUACCACCUGUCCAAGGCUGAGCUGGAUGAGCUGGACGCUACACAUGGCAAGUCAGGCGACAUCGAGAUGAUGAACAAGACCUCGUCCUACUAUGAUGACCUCAAGAACCACCACGAAAACAACUCCAACCAGUGCGUCCAGUAUGCCGCUCACAAUUCAGUCGUAGUAGAUGAGUGCAAGGUAACCUUGGCCACUAACGGCUCUACUGCUGCGGCAGCCGUGGCGGAGCGCACACUUGUUGAGGAGGAACCCCGGAAAAGUGAAUAAAGCCAGCACACAGAACCCCAGCUCCACAGGCUUUCUUAUCUGGUGAAAAAAAAUGUGAACAAAAAAAAGUCAUGCGAACAGAACUACUAAUUGUUUUUCUUAUGUAUCUUUAUUUUGCAUUUGUAUUAGUCCCUUUACAGUGUUUCUAACCAUCUAUCUGACUGACAGAUGAAUAAUACUAAUUAACUUAUCAGUGAAACGAUAACAGAGGUAUGUUUUACCUGUUAGAACACUAAUGUGUGCAUCAUAGCAAACACUUGAACAACGGACAUCAAGGCUUGGGAGGGAGGGUGGGAAGAGAAAAACAAACUGUUACUUAAAUUAUUCCUAGAAUUGUUUCUAUGAGAGCACUGCAUUCAAAACAGGGGGAGGGUCAGUGUGUGGGGGAGUAACACUGGAACAACAGUCCUUCAGAGUGUGAUGGUAGCUGUGAGUUUGACACUGGCAAUCUGGAAGUCUAACAACAGACUGAGUGUGGGACAUAAUCAUGCUAAACAUAAGGUAUGCCUGUAUCAAACUCCACAUUAUAUUUUUAGCAACGUAUCAUUACUAUUAUCAAUGAUACCACAGUAGACAGCUGUUAUUUGACCCCUGGCCCCUUUUACCUUACAAGAUAACCUUUUACCUAUACCUGACAGAGCCCCUGUAACCUAUCUGAGUGUCUUUGCUACCUGCUAUUACCCACAAUCGCAUGGGGGAACCCCAUUGGUGAUAAUGUAGAAUGUAGAGAUAAGGCAGGGUCUGCAGACUGAGCCUUACUCCACAAGCACAUGUUCUCUGAAAAGCACAAAAUACAAAAGAAACAUGGAACCUCUACUCCCUUUUUAAUUGUUAUACAUUUUGUUGACUACUGUAAGGGAGAGGGACUUUUUCAAUGUCGCCUCUAGUGUGAGAUUAUUUACUGUAUCUGUGCGAUUUGUGUGUGUGUGUGUGUGUGUGUGUGUGUGUGUGUGUGUGUGUGUGUGUGUGUGUGUGUGUGUGUGUGUGUGUGUGUGUGUGUGUGUGUGUGUGUGUGUGUGUGUGUGUGUGUGUGUGUGUGUGUGUGCGCGUGUAUGGAAUGGGAGUGAGAACAUGACAUAUCUCCCCAUUACUGAUAAGGACCAAACAGGCAUAUGAUAAAUCAAGCCAGAAGCCUUCGAAACGCCUCCAUGACACUUACAGUCAUUGAUAUCGUCUUUUGGGGUUUCUUACUCUGCACACAAUCCAUUUGUAGCUAACUCCAGGUAGAAAGUGUCUCAUCACUCAUUUAAAAUUCCAAAUGAGCUAUUAAGAAAUUGAUAAAGCUCUCUGCCCCGCAAUUACUGCAACACAUGAAAAUCAAAAGUAAAGGUAAAAUUUGUCUCCAAAUACAAAUAUAUCAAUAUCUUCAGUUCAGGACUGUAUUUCAUAUUAAUUAGUUCAAAGUACUAGGAAGUAUUUAUUAUAUCCAUCCCAGAUAUUCUGAAGCUAUCAAUUUCAUGAUGUUGAGAACCAAGAGUUAAUUGGGAAGUACCUAGAAAUAUAUCUAGAACCAUGAUUAGUAUGAAAAUAUAAAGCACAAAUUAAGUUGUUUUAAAACAGAAUACAAAAACAGAAUAUAAAUUGAAUACUGAGUCCAUAUAGCACAAUUGCAACUUAGAGUAUAAACUAGUUAUGUAUGAUUUUUUUUAAUCCCUUUUUGACACUGAUGUCUUUUCACAUUCAUCAUUCAUACUUUGAGGAACCCAAUAAGGGAAACUAUACUCAGGCUUUAGCACAAACUCCUUGGAUUUGAAAGAGACACUUUCACAAAGUCCUCAACACGUUUAGCUGCUCAUGAAAGAAAAUAGGCCAUUGACAAUUGCCUUGUAUAGCACAAGUUGGAUAUGAAUGCUUGACUUUGAACACGUGGACUGUUUACCACCUUGAUAUUUUUUAAAGAGAUUUUUUGUAUACUUGAGCCUAUAUGACAGAGACAAAGUUUCCCUUUACAACUAUUCAUAAGUAAGCUACUUUUAUUAAGGGAUUCUUGUUAGGAACAGCACACAAAAACUUGCCAAAUUUUCCAACAUUAACAUUCCAGUGACUCAAACUUUCUUGGGUUCCCUUUUUGCAUGAAAGCACAAACACAUAUUUGAUCAAAGAUGGUACAGAACAACCACAGAGCUUAAAUUAAAGUGCAAGUUUCAACAGGUUGAUAACUCCCUGCGCAACUAGUGUCCAGGUGGAGGUAUUACAUCCUUACUAUUUUUUUCCAGACCCUUAGAGGGGUCUUCUUAGUGAUUAAACAACUCUAACCUCUUACCACAGAUGCUGACGACUGUUCUCAGAAACCCUGAAUGCUGCAGCUAUGUGUAUCAUUGGUCUCAUAUGGUUACUACUGUAGAGCAGUCAUCUGGAUGCAUGGAAUGUUCACUGCAUACUUCCCAACUAUUAGGUAGGAGAAUUCUAUCCCCCUAAUGGAACCUAAAUGUCUAAAAAGUGAAACACACACAAAGUUAGAUCACCGGCUGCUAAUAUUUAAUGCGCGUAUGUGAUUGUAUGAGAGAUGAUUUGUGCAGGUGAGGCGAUCUGCAGGUGUGGAUGUCAUUUCUUUAUCCGUGUCGUGUCCUGCUCUCUUGUCUUGUUUUGAUCAUUUUGCUCAAUGACAACCUUGCCUUGAAGAUGUUAACUCUAAACUGUGCAGUCAGUUUGACCGUCAGGACAAUGCUGAUUAAAGUAACCGUAGAAAAAUGAACACUCACAUUCAUAGUGCAGUACACAGUCCCUUAGUUACCUUAAACACUUUCUCAGUCAGAAGAUCUACGCCAUGUUGCUUUUGAGUUUGUAUAACUGCCAUCACACACAGACACACAGACGCAAAUACACACACAUGCAUGCACACUUGCGCACACACACACGCACACACACGCACACACACACUUAAACCUGGAAGGUCACCACACACAUUCUUACAUGCAAUGAGUGUGCUGAAGAGCACAGCAUUGAAACCCCCGAUGGCCCUAGGGCCUAACCUUUGACCUUGUGACCUUCAGUAAUAAGUCCUCCAGUAGGGAGAGGAUGCAGACCAGUGAUUCAUCAUGGGGAUUGAGUGUUGGACCAUUAUUAUGUUCAAACUCACUGUUUGCAUGAAGUAAAAAAUGAGUAUAAUUUUUAUACACCACUAUCUUAAAAGCAUGAUAUUGAAGUGCCUCCUUGCACUUUGUGUAUAUAUUGUAGGUAACAGAUAUUUUUUUUGUUUGUUUUAUUUGGGGGGGUGUUGACAUGGUAUGUAGAAAUAGAAAUGAAUUGCUGUGACAUUUUUUGUAAUCCUCUAGAAAAAUAUAAUCUAUGUUCUGAAUAAAAAUAGAUUAGUCAAAAUGUAUAGAAAAUAAUGUGCAAGAAAUUGUUUUAUUUUUAUUUUUUAAUAGCUGUUAACUAGUUGUCUCACUUAGCUGUCACACAUCAAUGUAUAAAUAUAUUGUUUUGUAUCUAAUGUAAGCGUCUUGAAUGUUUGUUCCAUGGAGUUAUGUCGCGUGCAUUCCUUUUCACUGUACAUAAAUAUAUAUAUAUAUAAUUACUCUGUUCAAUGGCACUGCAGAACGUUCCAGAGGAUACAAUGAUUUUGAAGCAAACAUGUUGAACUGGAAAGACAAAGUGAAAGAGGAAGGAAAGUAUCUGAUUAAAGAAGGGAGUCCACAUGGGGUGGUGGGCUCUUUCUAAUUUGGUGAGAUGUGGAUGUAAUCAUGACUAGGUUUGCAGAAGAAGAGAAAAAGAUCAAAUUUACCCUGUACGUACUAUUAACUAAUGAAACAAGCACAGCCGAGCUGUUAGUUUAGUUCAUUACGACUGAAAUAGCAAAUCUGAUCAGAAUGUCAGGUGUAGUACCUGCCAAAAUAUAUCUCCUAAGAUGAUCGCCCAGAUCCUGGUCAAAAAUUCAUUCUAGACUUUCUACCAGAGAACACCAACACACCUUUAGUGUCCACCAUCUUGUCUUGUGCAGUAUGCACUAUGCUGUGGCAAUUACAAGACAUGGAUAUCUAUACCAAACAGUCAAGGUUCAUGUUUAGAUUCUGCCUAAGAGUUCAACUGUAACAGUAGUGAGUCCAAGUGUCAUAUCCAUGCACUAGCCUCUGUCGAACCAGCACUUUCAAACCACCAGCACCAUUUCAAUAAACCCUCCAGACACAUAUUGAUCAUUUUGCCUUUUUGCUUUUCCUAAUUGUCAUCACAAUUGUCUGCAUGCACCAACAAAUCCAAUAUAUUAAGUAAAGGAUGUCAAAAUGGAAAUGGAUUGGCACAGUAUUUCUAAGAGUAGCCAGUAGAUCUUUAUAUCUAUAAGUCUGUAUUCUACAGAAGUCUCUGUCUUUCUGAUAGGAUCAUCCUGAGUAUCCUGAUAACCUAUCUAUUUGAAAUGUUGUUGUUGUAAUAUUGAUGUAAAGGGAGAGCUUAUGUGGGGGGAGAUAGAAUAUUAAAAAAUAAAGGCAAAACAUAUAUGAAUUAUAUUCUUUACCAGCUCUGUGGUAUAAAAGUAUGUUCAUAUCAAUAAGUGUUGUACCUUUGGUGUACAUAUGAUUAUGAUAACUAAUAAAUGUUGAUUCAUAACUAAA